UUAGCCCGCCCUCAAAACAUACACUUCCAUUCACAUUUACAUUUACAUUUACACACACAAAACUGUUUCUGUUGUAGAAGGCUACACCAGAACAAAGUAACGAAUUACUUUGCCUUAAUUCUCUUCUGUCUAUAAUUAAAUCAUCAAUCAUAUUCUUUUUCCCUUUCCCAAUCCUUUCUCUCUUUCCCUUCCUUCAGAAACUCCAACAAUAUAACCUCCUGCAUUCCAUUUUCAAAUUCAAAGAACAGAUACAAUUUUCAAAAAAUAAUAAUAGUAAUAAAAAUAAUAAUAAUAAUAAUAAUAAAUAAUGGGUUCAACUUCAAAUAAUCAAACUUCUUCUACUUCAUAUGAUCUAUCAUUUAAAGUGUUGUUAAUUGGUGAUUCUGGUGUGGGUAAAAGUAGUUUACUUGUCAGCUUUAUUUCCAAUUCCCUUGAAGAUCUUUCUCCUACAAUUGGAGUGGAUUUCAAGAUUAAGAUGCUCACUGUUCGAGGGCAACGGUUAAAGCUUACGAUAUGGGAUACUGCCGGACAAGAGAGGUUUAGAACAUUAACAAGUUCCUACUACAGAGGUGCCCAAGGGAUUAUUCUUGUGUAUGACGUUACAAGAAGGGAAACAUUUACCAACUUGUCUGAUGUUUGGGCUAAAGAGGUUGAGCUUUAUUCCACUAAUCAAGAUUGCAUAAAGAUGCUCGUCGGGAAUAAAGUUGAUAAGGAUUCAGAAAGAGCUGUAACUAGGGAUGAAGGAGUGGCUCUUGCACAACAGUUAGGCAGUCUAUUUAUUGAAUGCAGCGCUAAAACUCGAGAAAAUGUGGAGCAGUGUUUUGAAGAGCUUGCAUCAAAGAUAAUGGAUGUUCCAAGUCUGAAAGAAGAAGGAUCAAAUGUGGGGAAGAGGAACAUCUUGAAACAGAAGCAAGAACAAAAGGAAUCUGCACCGGGUGGUUGUUGCGCUUAAACGAACAACUCCAUAAGCUUCAAAUAAGAGUCUUGAACCUGAGCUGUGCUUCGUUAUUGGUUGAAGCUUUAACAUGUUGCUGUCAAAUUAUGCAUAUGAUAAUUCUUUCUUUUUUUUUUUUUUCGUUUGCGCGCAGUAUUGGUUGUUUCAUUCAGCUGCUUUCCGUUGUGUAUUUGUCGUUCAUAGGAACUUCUAGUAGUUGAAGAACACGUUACAUUUUGUGUAUAAUACAAUACUUCUCAUAGGCGAUGAGUUUCUCGUA